GCUGCUUUCCCCAGCGUGCGGGGUCCUUUUAGAUUCACGAUUCUUGAACGCUCGCUUGGCGGUAUUAAUUGUAGCUCAUACGGCUGGCCGUAUGGGUGUCGGUUCCCUAGUUUUCUCUUGUAGAUGGAGUGCUGCGCAAAGGAAAAAGGGAUAAAGAUACACACUAGACAGCAACAGAUACCUGCCCAAGCCACAAUGGCAUCGAUAGAGACAGUCCUCACCGUCAUCUCGGUGAUCAAAACGGCAAUCGAACUCUACGAGGACCUCGAGAGCGGCAAGAAGGAGGCAGAGGACACCGAGUACAACCUCAGCUCGUGUCUCGUGGGGUUCGAAUCCAUCAGCGAGACCCUCCAGCUGAACCGGGAGCGCAACAACGACCUGGGGAAUGCCGGGAAGCAGCUUGAUGAGCACCUGAAGAAGGUCCACGGGCAUUGCGAGCUCGUGGUGGUGAUGCUGUCGAGCGUGCGGAACCGCACGUCGCCGGAUCCCUCCAAGUUCCGAUACCGCUACCUCAAACUUCACGAGCUCAACUGGAUGGUGUGGAACUGGGGCCCCGCGGGCCGAGCACAGCUCCAGGCCGAGGUGGCCGAGAUUCAAAAGCAGCAGGCCGCCAUCAACGGUCUCCUGCAGAUCAUCGGCUUCCAGCGCGGCGAGACCGCCGCCAAUGACCAGAAGAAGAUCCUCGACGUGCUGGAGGAGGUCAGGCGCAAGGUGAGCGAGAAUAAACUGGCCGCCGCUGCCGCUGCCACCGCCGCCACCCCCGCGCAGCCGGCGUCGGCUGGCGGUGGCGGCUACGCGAGGCAGGUCGCCCUCCCGCCGCGGGCCCUCGACGCGCCGCGCCCGCGCAAGGACAACUGCAGCGUGCUCUUCGUGGACCUCUGGGACGAGGGCCGCAGCGUCAUCUCGCAGGGCAUCACGGAGCUGCUGGCGCACUGGACGCGGGCGGGCGGCAAGCCGUUCCCCGUUGCCGAGUGGGGGUCGGCCGGCUUCUUCGUGCGCGCCGGGGGGGACUGCGUGGGCGAGAUCCGGUCCAUGCGCUACCUGACCAAGAAGUUCAGCUUCGAGUUCCGCGACGGGCGCGAGCGCACCGACGCGGUCGCGUGCGACGCCCUGUUCGACAACAAGGCCUUUGGGCGCAUCCCGGCGGCGACAAGGGCCGCGGCCGAGGCCAGGGUGCGGGCCUACACGUCGCGCGGCAUGCGCCGGGAGUUUUGGGACCGGUACGACUACGUCUGCUGCUUCACGUACCGCGAGUACGACAACCUGAUGCGCCUCAAGCGCGCGCUCGCCGAGCAGGACGGGCGCGAGGACGAGGGCCCCGGCGCCAGCGGGCCCGACCGCAAGGGCAUGAUCGUGCACCUCGGCGCCUACGUCACAAGGCCCACGGCGCCGCCCAAGGAGAUCGUCAAGGCGCUGGACGCUAGCGACCCGGUCGAGAGGAGGGGGAUCUGGAACGCCAAAGUCGCCGAGCUCAAGCGCGCGGUUCGGGGUUUCUUGGCCGAGGAGCUGGGCUGGGAGCCGCUCGACCCCCCCAAGUAACCUGGUGCAUAAGGAGGGCCUGGGAGAAGGCGGAUCGGUAUUUCUUACCAGGCGCUAAAAUGGUUGGAGUUUGAGC